AAGUAUAUGAGGGGUUGUAUGAAAAUUAUUCUUUUCUCUUGCUGAACCACAAGGACAUAGAAUCAAAGUACUUGUUUUAGACAUACUGACUUCUCUUUCUUUUGUCCAUCUAGCUACGAUUUCUUGUGGAUAUAAUGGCAAAUAAUACAACAAGUUUAGGGAGUCCAUGGCCAGAAAACUUUUGGGAGGAUCUUAUCAUGUCCUUUACGGUGUCUAUGGCUAUUGGGCUUGUUAUUGGAGGAUUCAUUUGGGCUCUGUUGGUUUGCUUGUCUCGGAGACGAGCUAGUGCCCCUAUCUCACAGUGGAGUUCACAUCGGAGACCAAGGUCCUCUUACACCCAUGGCCUCAACAGAACUGGAUUUUACCGCCACAGUGGCUGUGAACGCCGAAGCAACCUCAGCCUGGCCAGUCUCACUUUCCAGCGACAAGCUUCCAUGGAACUAGCAAACUCCUUCCCACGAAAAUCAAGCUUCCGGGCUUCAACUUUCCAUCCAUUUUUGCAAAGCCCACCACUUCCGGUAGAAACUGACAGUCACCUGAUGACUCUCCCUUCUACAAGUCUCUCUUCCACCAUCAACCCUUCCCACAGUUUGAAUCGCCCAGAUUUCCACUGGUCCAGUAACAGUCUUCGACUCGGCCUUACACCGCCACCCCCACCCGCCUACGAGUCCAUCAUCAAGGCCUUCCCAGAUUCCUGAGUCCGGUGCUUAUUGCAAGGAAAUCAGAAAAUGGCUAAAAAGAUUCACGAUGGUAUAAUACAAAUAAAAGGAGCUUUCAAACUGAAAUGUAGCCAUGCAAGCUGGACAUUACUAUGUAAAAACACAUUUUUUGUUCAUUUUUUCCUUAAGUCUCUUAAGAAAGGUGAUAUUUUCCCAAUUAAUUAUAACUUUGUUCCUUGAUUUCCCUGAUUUAUAAGCAGUGAGGGACCAGGCAAAGAAAACUGAACUCUGUGAGCCAUUAUGGGAUAAUGAAACUUUGAUCUUUACACCAGCCCUGCAUACACACACACACACACACACACACACACACACACCUUUUGUGCUUAUAAGGACUUAGUUUCUUUUUACAGUCCUUAGUUAUAUUGUUAGGAAAGUAAUGUCAAUAAAUCCAAUUCACUUGAAUUGAAACAUUCUUUAACACCAAACUUAUUCCUAAGGUAUAACUUUUCAAUAAGAUUUAAAUCUAGAAAUUGGAAAAAAGCACUUUAUUUAGGGCUUAGGUCCUGCCAGUUCAAAGACAAAUAAGUAAACAUCAGAGGAGAGUUUGACCUCAAAAUAGGUGUUAAAACUUUGAAGACUUACCCUAUCUGAAUUGAUAGAUCAGACACGAUUCCUGGUUUGUUAUGAAUUCCAACUUCAUAUUAGCCUUUAUAAAAUGAUCUGACUAUGCCAUAUAGUUGGUCCUCAAUGCCAUUAUGUAAGGAGACUACUUCCAUGGGUGGCUACCCUUUUAAAGGAAGGUACUAACUAAAAUUUCAGUACUAAAUUUCAGCAACUAGUUGCCAUGUCUGUUUCUUUUCAGUUCACUGAACUAGUAACUCAUAAGUCUUUUGACUUGUUUUCUGACAGUGAAUAUUUAGUGUAUGUUGCUAUUUUUCUGAACUCUGGAAUUUUCAGUAAAUAAAUAUAUACUGUUAUUUUAGUUUCUGCAAUGCAGUGGUCACAGUGAAUAAUGUUUGAAUAUGUCUCAACAGUCUAAGACUUUUAUAUGAUAAAAUAUUCCAUACAGCAUGUUCUUUCUUAUUUUUGUCUAGCAUGUGUAUUCCAUUGUUCCUCAAGGGCAAUUAUUCUUAAACAUAUCUAUGUAUGACUGCUCUCUUAAAAUAUAUCUGGAAGAAAGGAAAGAAAAAAAAGAAAGAGAAAAAAUAGUUUACAGGAUAGCUAAUUUUUGUCAGUUCAGUUUUAGUAAAUAAAUUUAUCAGUUUUCCUAUAGUCAAGUAUGAUUUCAAGACAGUAUUAACUUAGUAAUAAAGCUUUCUUUUUCUGUUGUCAUUGCUAUGUUAUCCUGAAUGUUUAGCAUGAGAGCAAAACAAGAUAUUCGGUUUUAUUUAGAAUUUAGACUGAUACUACAAAUUUCUUACAGUUCUCAACAUGUAAAUGAGGACAUAGAGUCUUGAGUGAAUUUAAUCACCCAGAAUAAGUGUGUUUCUGUUCUCAAGUUAUAAAAUUAUUAAAAUAAGUAUCUUGUAAAUAUUGUGCAGUGUAAGAAAUCUGAAAUUAAAACAAAAAUUGAACACUA